GGUACUUACCAUUUAAAGUUUAAAGUUUUAAACCCCUUAAUUAGAGCCCCAAAUCUCUAUUCCCAAGCCCGUCUUUUAAGUUAUCUAGUUCACUCCCCUAAGGCCUAAACCGCUAUGGCCUGCGCAUGACUCUUGAUUUUCCCGUCUCUUCUCCGGCUCUUCAGUCUUCGCUAGUCAGUCGGCCGGUCCUCAGAUUUUCUGUCUCCUUUCUUCUUCACCGCCGCCUCUGCAAAUAACUUGCAGUGCCAGUGUAUACAAAUGCCUACACCAAAUAUGCUAAGCCUGAAGCCGGAAGGAGAAACCUAUCCAACACAGGAGAUACCGGCGAUGGCAAUUGAGGAAAGCGAUGUGGUUAUCAACGGCAAUGAACAGAUGCAGUUUAGUUCUUCUCCCAUCUCUGCCGGCGACCUCGAGGACAAAGAGUUUAUGAAGCUUAUCCGCGAUGCUGUUCGGACAGUACCCGUGAACGUCGUCAAAGACCUUUGGUCUAUAGGGGUGUGUGAUCGAUGCAUCUUUAGGGUGUUGGGCCUUCAUGAGCUAAUUUGUUCUCACCCUUCACUCUCAAAUUCAGAUUUAAGAAGUCUUUUAGAAGAAGUGAGAGUUGGAAGGGGUGAGGUUGAUACUCUUGGUGAACAAGAGACGUUAACUGUUCAUGCAUUAACUACUGAAACAAGUGUUUGCAAAGUAUGUUUAGGUGUUUUACAGUUUGAGUUUUGUGGUGGUAAUGGAACAUUUAUGAAGAAGGACAGCGCAUUUGACUUUGCCUCAGAAGUUGUUGAACUUGUUAAACAACAGCAUUAUCAACAAGUUGAUAGUUUUUCUCUCGAAGUCUCAUUGCCUCCGCUUGUAACUGAAAAUGAUCAAGCUAUUUUGUGUUAUAUCCAAAAGAAGUAUGAAUCUGACCCGUGGUUCCAACAAAAAGCUGAAUCCCAAUGCUUUUCUACUAAGGAUGUUUUGAAAUGGCUAGUAAUAAAACCUCUAGAAACAUUGUCGGGCCUAAAACACAUGGAAAGCACUUUCCGCAUUCGACUCUCUUACUCCGACUCAUCAAGAAAACAGAAUGUUGAAAGAAAUGUAUGCAAUAAAAGGAGAAAAUCGGAUUCUGCUGGCACAAGAACCACCUCACUGAAGUCACAAGAAAAUUACUUUGAUUAUGUAAAUAAUAUGAAAGAGAAGGUUAUUCAACCUUGUCAGUUGACAUUUGAAUGUUAUAGGAGUUCCAUUUAUAUUGGAGGGAGGUAUCUUAAGUAUUCAAGAAAUGUUAGCCAGACUCGGUGGGUGAUUGAUGAUGAAAGAGUGGGUGAAGCAUCUGUUGAGGAAAUUUUAGGUGGCAGCAUCCUUCCAUGUUUCCAGGGCGAUGGUUACAAGUUCCAUGCUGCUGGUAGAGAAGAUAUUGAUGUACGGAUGUUGGGUACAGGUCGUCCUUUUCUGAUUGAGAUACAAAACGCACGACAAGUUCCUUCCAAGGACAUUAUAAAAGAUAUGGAGAUAAAAAUAAACAGUAUGGAGAACCAACUUGUAAAGGUGAAGAAUCUUGAUGUUUUAGGUAACCAAGGGUGGGCAAUGAUGCGUGAAGGGGAAGCUGAGAAGCAGAAGCAAUAUUCUGCUUUGGUUUGGAUUUCUCGUGAUCUCAACAACGAGGAUCUGCAGACUAUAUCAUCAGCGAAGGACAUGAAAAUUAUCCAGAAAACACCAAUCAGGGUGCUUCACCGUCGAAGCCCAUUGGAGCGCGAAAGGAUAAUACAUUGGAUGAAAUUGGAGAAGAUACUAGGAAGUUCACAGUAUUUUCUUCUGCAUCUAUGCACUCAGGCUGGGACAUACAUUAAGGAAUUUGUUCAUGGAGAUCUUGGACGCACUCAGCCAAGUAUUGGUUCAAUGCUUGGAUGCAGAGCAGAGAUAUUGCAACUUGACGUCACAGAUGUGAAAAUGGACUGCUUCUAGGUGGAUUUUUGUCAUCUGUACAAAUUCUAAUGCCUAAAACGUCAUCCCAACCGUUUCAUCACAAGUGGCAUGAAGUUUAUAAUUUGGACAAGCAGGUUUUACAAAUGGAAUGUAUGAUUACAAAUCAUGUAUCAUUAGGCACUCUUCAGAAUGAUAUAGAAGGCUAGUAUCUGUUGCACACUAGUACUCAUCGAUUGAGUGUGCACCAGUUCAGAGAAAAAUAACUGUUUUGUAGUUAGGGCUUAUCAAUCAUGUUCUUUUGUUACAUUUGAUUCCUUAUCUGAAAUACUCCAUAAUACUCAGCAUGGACCGGGACCUCUAUUUCCGGUCCCCAACUGGUCCCAGUCCUGGGCUUUUUUUUUUGAUGUACUUUUAUGGAUCGUAUUUUAAGCAUUUAAAAGGACCUCAACCCUUGUGAAAUGUUUUCCAAUGGUUUUAUACUA